AGUAUCACAAGCAACUUUUGCAAAAUGCGUUUCUUCAUCACAUUGUUUGUCUGCUUAGCCGUGGCUUUAGUUCAGGCGCAGCCCCUUGUUGAGGAGCCAGCCACUACUUCCACUCCCUUAGCUGAGGAUUCCGAGUUUUCGCAAGAGAAUUCCCUUGAUCCUGAAUUGGUUGAAAGUAUCUUUUCACAAUUAUUGCGCCGUCUAUUGGGCCUAACAUCGCAAGAAGCUUCCUCGGCUCUAUCAACCGAAGACUCCGAAUCAUCCACUGACUAUCCACUUGGAUCAAAAUCUGUUUCUGUUGGCUUAUUUCAACUACUACUACGUCUUUUUAGGCAAUCUGCUCAAGUGGCGAGUGAUGCUGCGGUAGUGGAACCUGUUGGAUUUGGCUUCUCCAUUCGAUUUUAGAUAAAUGUUGGAAGUUUUUGCCAUUUAAAGCAGUUAUAAAUAAAAUAUGAAUAAAUAAAAUAUAUUUCAUUGAUAUUA